CACAGGCCCAAGAGGAGGAGACAUACCCGCGUGGGCAACACCACGUGGGCCAAUGAGAGACUUACAUGUGCUGAUACAUGUCAGCACUUGGGGCUAUAAAUACCCCCCAACCACCUCCAAAGAAGGUAAUUAAUCUCUACGCUUCUCUCUCUGCAAUUACUCCUUGAGAGUCUCUCUCUCUAAAGUAUUGAGUAUUGCUGACUUGAGCGUUGGAGUGUUUUCCCCGAGGAAACAACCUCGGGAUUUUCAGGUGUAGAAGCAGCUGAGGACUUCAACAGUGUUGGAUUGUGAAGCUGCCGAAACAUUGGCGCCGUCUGUGGGAAACCGAACAAAAAGCUGUGUGAUUUAACCGGCAGCAAGACAAAAUGGUCCGUACCUUUACAGGAGAACGCCCCCCAAGAAAUGAAAUAGACGAACAGGAGGGCGAUCACAUAUCUGAGGCCGGCUUGAAUGACUUUAGGCCGAUGCCAAGAAAUCUCUUUGUAGGAGGAGCCGAACAGGAUCACCUAAGUGAAACAGAUGAUGAAAGAACACCAACUGGGUAUGCAACCCAGCCUGAACAGUUCCAAGCUCCAACAGGAACGAGGCAAAGAUCUGCCAGACCGAACAAUUCACAGCGUGAGCGACCUGAAAGGUCAACAGAACCUGCUCGGACAACCGAGCUCGAAGAGAGAACCAGAGUUCUCGAAAUGGCAAUGGGAAGGAUCCUUGCCCGCUUAAUCCCCGAUGACCCCCUGAUUCCUUUACUGAACAAGGAUGCACAACCUGCUGCGGUUGUCGCGACUAGAAACUCCCCCGCUCUAAGCAAUAUAAUAGUGCCGACCAGGCCGAGGGGAAGUGGGAAGUUGAAUAUCGAGCCCAGCUCGUCCAAAUACAGUGAAGAAUUGAUGAGAAAGAACGCAGACCUUGAAAAGCAACUGCGGGAGGUACAGAAAUCCAUCGACGAGCUGAAAAGCCCCAGGUCGCACCAACUGACCUUGGAUUUGGAUAGUGCUCCACUGAACCUAUCCAUCACAGCAGAACCAUACCAAGAGGGGUUCAAAAUCCCCCACCUAGAGACAUAUGAUGGCACGAAAGACCCGGAUGAACAUCUACACACCUAUCAAGCCAUCAUGAGGAUUCAAAACGCCAAUGAUGCCAUGAUGUGCAAAGUGUUCCCGGCAACCCUAAAAUCAACGGCCAGAAGAUGGUAUCAUAAACUUCCCAGACACUCAAUAGAUUCUUUUUCCCAGCUCGCCAAGCUGUUUUCUAACAAAUUUGCGAGCCAAAGGGAGAUCAAGCGCACAGCAACUGAGCUGAUGCAGGUUAACCAGAAGGAAGGGGAGUCUUUGAGGGAUUACAUGCAGCGGUUCAACAAAGCCACACUGGACAUUGAUAAUAUCCCAGAUACGAUCUGCUUGUCCGCCCUGCUACAUGGGUUGAAGCGUGGACGGUUCCUAGACGACCUGCUUGAAAACCCACCGAAGACGUGGAACGAGGUGAAUGACAGGACAGGACCAACAACCGAGAAGAGAAGAAAAGAAGAAGCAGAAGGUCGGUGAGCAAUGGGGGAAACCAG